CAAGAGUACGUAUAUAGUAUAUACUAAUAUACAUUGCUGUGCUUGAGCUAACUACUAAUCAAAAUGCCAAAAUCUCAAGCUUCUUGCAGUUCCAACAGCAGAAGAAGAAGCACCAAAUUUUGCAAAUUCAUUCCUUUCAUUCACACCAAUACUUCUCGUAAGUUCUAAAGAUUACUUCUUUUUGUAAGUUAUAAAUUCCUUUUCUUUAUUUAUGUUCUUUGGCCUGUUCUCCCCAGCUUAUUUUCAGUUCAGUUCAGCUCAGCUCAGCUCUUGACAAUACUUUUACUCUCACAUAUCACUAUUCAUUUCAGUUCAAUUCAGUUCAGUUCAGCUGUUUUAUGCCGAAGAGAACAAGCUCUUAGUGGAUAAUCACACUAUAAUAUAAUCAAGUAUAUGGUCAAGUAUGUUUUCUGAAGGGUAUUUCAUACAAAGAGCUAUAUAAGGCAACAGAUGGGUUCCGAAGAAUUAUGACUUGUGACUCUCAAAGCAUAACCUAUGAAGCUAAAUUCGAAGAUGGUUCAGCUUCUAUUGUGAAAGAAGUAAGAAGUGUUGAUCGCAGUAAUGAGGUGUUCGACAAAGAGUUGCAGUGUUUAGGACGUUUACAUCAUCGACACGUUGUAGCUCUAAGAGGAUUCUCUAUUGGUCGUAGGAGCUUCCUGAUCUUUGAGAACACUGCAAAAGGAAGCCUGAAAGAGCAUCUGAAUGAUCCUCUCAAGACUCCUCUAAGCUGGAAGACCAGAGUUCAGAUUGCCAUUGGUGUAGCUGCUGCGCUGGUUUAUCUGCAGUUCUUCUGUGAGGCACCCAUACGUCACAUCUCCAUUGAUUCAAGCGAUAUCAUCUUGGAUGAUAAGUUGGUUCCAAAGCUUUCAAAUAUCAGCUGUCUUUGCUCAGAAGAAAAGGCAGACAUGAUACCCCAAUUUGGUGCAUUACUACUUGAGCUGAUCACUGGUCAAUCUUUGGCAAAGGAGAGUGCUGAUGUAAUCCAAUGGAUCCAGGAACUACGAUCCAACUUAUCCAUGCAUAACAUGAUUGAUCCAGACCUCGGAAACAGCUACAGUUCGAAAGAACUAUGGGACCUCUUGAGCGUUGCAAGAUUGUGCAUGAAAGUCCAAAAUACACAAGCUUUUAGUAUCUCGCAAAUUUUUUGGUAUCUUCAAAAGAGGUUUGGCAAUAAUUGAACUACUACCCAGUGCUGGACAUUUUGUGAAACCCAAUUCAUCAGUGUCUCGCACUCUCGCCUAAGCAUUUGAUCAAACCAUAUACCAGUUCCGCGUCAUAUUUCAAUAGUUGAGCAAUAUAUGCAUAAACUUGCAUUUGAUAAGAAGUAUUUAUCUUAUUUCACUUAAGUUGUA